UCUGCAAUUACUUUUAGGUUAUUGGCAUCCAUGAAGUCUCUCAAGCAAGAACCUUUACUUAAAAUUCUCGAUCUCCUCGUGAAAUUUUGCCCUCGGAGUUGCUGUAAUAUUCCUUCGUGAUAAAGAGUUGUUAAUCUUUCGGUUCCACGAUGGCGCGAAUGUUUCAAAGGCCGGAAAAUGCACUCAAACGAGCAAAUGAGUUCAUUGAGGUCGGGAAGAAGGACCAAGCCUUGGUCACUCUCUAUGAAGUCUUCAAAAACAAGAAAUUCACGUACAGCUUCAGCGAGAGCGUGCUGGAGCCUAUUAUGUUCAAGUACUUGGACCUUUGUGUAGAAUUGAAGAAAUCGCAUAUUGCCAAGGAAGGACUGUUCCAGUAUCGUAAUGUUUUUCAGACAGUCAAUGUAGGUUCAUUAGAAAAUGUCAUUCGCGGCUACCUAAAAUCUGCUGAAGAAAGAACUGAAGCUGCUCGUGAACUUUCACAGCAAGCUGUUGUAGAUAUUGAUGAUUUGGAUAACAUAACCACUCCAGAAAGUAUUCUCUUAAGUGCUGUGAGCGGAGAGGAUGCCCAGGACCGUAGUGAACGAACACAUUUGGCCCCAUGGGUGAAGUUCCUGUGGGAAUCUUAUGGUCAGUGCUUAGAGCUAUUGAAGAUCAAUGUCCAUGUUGAACCGCUGUAUCAUGACAUUGCUAGAAUGGCAUUCAGUUUUUGUCUCAACUACGGACGAAAAGCUGAAUUCAGGAAGCUUUGUGAAAAACUUAGGAAACAUUUGGAAGAUAUUGGCAAAUCCUCACCGACGAAUCUAAGCAAUGUGAAUCUCACUCGGCCUGACACCCAACAGUUCAACUUGGACACGAGGCUUAUUCAGCUUGAUUAUGCAGCUCAAAUGGAACUGUGGCAGGAAGCCUUCAAAAUCACAGAGGAUAUUCAUAACCUGAUGAUGAUUUCAAAGAAGUUGCCGAACCCAAAAACUAUGGCCAACUACUACCAAAAACUUGCCAUGGUUUUCUGGAAAGCAGGCUAUUACUUAUUCCAUGCCGCAGCUUUAUUCAAGCUGUUCCAGCUGAGCAAAGAAAUGAAAAAGAAUUUAACGCCAGAAGAACUGCAGAGGAUGGCUUGCCGUGUGUUGUUGGCUGUGUUGGCUAUCCCAUUGCCUUCCUCUCACCCAGAAUUCUGUCGCUUUAUUGAGACUGAGAAGAGCCCAUUAGAAAAAGCACAAAGAUUAGCAACUCUACUUUCUCUACCUCAGGCUCCCACCCGUAUUUCUUUGAUCAAAGAUAUUGUUCGUGCUAAUAUUGUCUCCUUGGCCUCUCAGCCAUUACAAGAACUCUAUGAGCUUCUAGAAGUUGAAUUCAGUCCUUUAGAUCUGUGCUCUCGUGUCCAUCACAUAACCUCAACACUCACCGAAGACUCCCAAUACAUAGCGCCACUUCACGAGGUCACUUUGGUUCGUCUGAUCAAGCAAGUAUCCCAGGUUUAUCAAACUGUCAAGUUCACCCGCCUGAUUGAGCUCUCUCAUUUUGGUUCUCCAUUCCAGUUAGAACGACUCCUCGUCGAUUGUGUGCGACACAAUGAUAUGCAGGUGAUCAUUGACCAUCGUGCAGGUUGCGUUCACUUUGGAAAAGACCUGUCCGAUUCUCGGGAGGACAAACCCGAUGGCCCCACCCUUCAGAGUAUGCCUAGCGAUCAGAUUCGUAGUCAGUUGAUUAGUAUGUCACAGGUUCUGACUAGCGCUAUUCAAAUUAUAAACCCAGAUGUAUUACAGGCUUCAAGAGAAGAACGACAUGAAAAGCUGGUGAAAUACUACCUUGCCAACGCUAGAAAGGAACACUUGAGUAUUCUGAACCGACAUAAGAUUAUUGAGGAAAGGAAAAUGUAUGUCGAAAAGAUGAAUUUGCAAAGGGAAGAAGCUGAUCAACGAAAAGCAGAAGAGAGGAAUCGUCGGUUGGCCCUGGCAGAGAAAGAACGCCUGGAGAAGGAACAGAAAGAGCGCGAACGCAAACGAAAGGAAAAUGAAAUGCGCCAGCAGCAAGAUCAAAUAUUGAAGGAUAAGAUGGCUGCCAUCUCACAAAAAUCAUACGGUCAAAAAAUGUUGAAGAAACUGGAUGAAGAGGACCUUUCAAAGCUGGAUCCGGACAAGAUAGCCAUGCGAGAACAAGAGGAGUUGAUCAAGGAGCGUAAAGACUUCCAACAGAGACUCAAAACACAAGAAAAGAAGGUGGAUUAUUAUGAAAGAGCAAAACGCGUUGAAGAGAUCCCUCUGCUCCAGAAAGCCAUCGAAGAGAAGAAGAUUGAGCACCGUGAUUACUGGGAGCAAAAAGAAAAAGAGCGAAUCAAGGCUUUGACCGAAGAGCGCAAGUUCUUUGUCGAGCAACAUGAGCGUCUUGGACGAAUGGCUGCUGAUAAGGAAGCCUUCCUAGCUUCUCUGAGGUCGAAACGAUAUGCUGCAUUCCAGGAACAAUUGAAAGAAUACGAGAAACGGUUGGAGGAAGAACGCAAAAAGCGGCUACAGGAGCGCAAAGAACAGCGCAAAAAGGAGCGAAUGGAGCUGUACGAGAAGAGAAUGAUAGAGGAGGAGAAGCGGCGCCAGGAAGAAGAAGAGGCUAAGCGCAAAGAAGAAGAGCUGCGCAAGAAGCGGGAAGAAGAAAAACUGGCAGCUAAACUCAAGGCAGAGAAGGAUGAAGAAUACAGAAAACGUAAAGAGGCUCUUGACAAGAAGGCAGAACUACAACGGCAACGAGAAGAAGAAGCAGAGCGCAAACGUGAAGAACUUCUAAAACAAGCAGAAAUGGAUAGAAUGAGGCGACCGGGUGAUGGACCCAGGCAAGAUCCACCUCCGAAACAGGUGUACCGUCCACCGCAGCGGAAAACAGGGCCCCCUGAACCUGCCAGACCAGAACCCAGAGAAAAUAGACCGGAACCGCCUGCUCCCGGCAAGGAAAAUAAGGAUGUUAAAAUAUCUUCAGAAAAAUGGGUCCCAUCUUUCCGUCGGGGGAAGACCGAAGGUGCAUCUAAUGGUGGUCCACGCAACUAGUUUAAGUACUUCUUUACUUAUUUUUCUAUAUAAUAAAUUUUUGUCAAUUUCCGACAUUA